AUUCAUGUUUGUGUGGGAUUCAGGUGAUUCAGAUCAACUUUGAGGAGUUUGACCUGGAGAUCGCGUACGACUCGCUGACCAUCGGGGACGGAGGGGAGGUGGCGACCCCAAAACCAUCCUGCAAGUCUUAUCGGGGAGUUUCGUUCCAGACCUCAUCGUCAGCAUGACGCACCAGAUGUGGCUCCACCUCCAAUCAGACGAGAGCGUGGGCUCCAUAGGGUUCAAGAUCAACUACAAAGAGAUUGAUAAGGAGAGCUGUGGAGACCCGAGCACGCCCCUCUACGGCAUGCGCGAGGGGGACAGCUUCUCCAACGGGGGCGUGCUGCGCUUCGAGUGCCAGUUUGGCUUCGAGCUCAUCGGCGAGAAGACCAUCUCCUGCCAGGAGAACAACCAGUGGUCUGCCAACAUCCCUAUGUGCAUCUUCCCGUGCCUGUCCAACUUCACCGCCCCCAUGGGCACCGUCCUCUCGCCGGAUUACCCAGAAGGCUACGGGAACAACAUGAACUGCGUGUGGCUGAUCCUGUCUGACCCGGGCAGCCGAAUCCACCUGGCCUUCAACGACUUUGACCUGGAGGCGCCGUACGACUUCCUGACGGUGAAGGACGGCGAGAUGCUGGACGCCGGCGUGCUGGGCCGCUUCUCCGGGGCCGAGUCUCCCUCCCACCUCACCUCCAACACCAACGUCCUCCGGCUGGAGUUCCAGGCCGACCACUCCAUGUCCGGGAGGGGGUUCAACAUCACCUACAACACGUUUGGCCAUAAUGAGUGCCCAGACCCGGGUGUUCCCAUCAAUGCGCGGCGCUUCGGGGACAGUUUCCAGCUUGGCGCUUCCAUCUCUGUCAUCUGUGAGGACGGCUUCAUCAAGACCCAGGGCGCUGAGACCAUCACCUGCCAGCUGGACCAGGGCAAGGUCAUGUGGAGCGGGCCCAUUCCCAAGUGUGAAGCUCCAUGUGGGGGUCAUUUCUCCGCCCCCACGGGUGUGAUCCUGUCUCCUGGUUGGCCAGGAUAUUACAAAGACUCUCUGAGCUGUGAGUGGGUCAUCGAGGCGGAGCCAGGGCGCUCCAUCAAGGUCACCUUCGACAAGUUCCAGACAGAGUUGGGUUAUGAUUUCCUGGAGAUCCACGAUGGGUCCAACCUCCUCUCGCCUCUGAUUGGCUCCUUCAACGGAACCCAGGUGCCCCAGUUCCUGUUCAGCGGAACCAACUUCCUGUAUCUGCUGUUCACCACGGACAACAGCCGCUCCAACAGUGGCUUCAGGAUCCUCUAUGAGAGCGUGACGGUGGACACCUACUCCUGCCUGGACCCCGGCAUCCCCGUCAACGGGCUGCGGUACGGCCAGGACUUCACCAUCGGCUCCACCGUGUCGUUCGGCUGUGACCCCGGGUACUGGCUCAGCCACGAGGAGCCCCUCGUCUGUGAGAAGAACCACUGGUGGAGCCACCCUCUGCCCACCUGUGAUGCUCUGUGUGGGGGGGAUGUGAGGGGCCCCCGGGGCACCAUCCUCUCCCCGGGGUAUCCAGAGACCUACCCCAGCUCCCUCAACUGUACCUGGACUGUGGAGGUCAGCCACGGCAAGGGAGUGCAGUUCACCUUCAACACGUUCCAGCUGGAGGAUCACCAUGACUACCUGCUGGUGACGGAGAACAGCAGCUUCCUGCAGCCUUUAGCUCGCCUGACCGGCUCCGAGACGCCAGCCACCAUCAACGCCGGUCUCUACGGCAACUUCAAGGCCCAGCUGCGGUUCAUCUCUGACUUCUCCAUCUCCUACGAAGGCUUUAACAUCACCUUCUCAGAGUAUAAUCUGGAGCCCUGUGAGGACCCAGGCAUGCCCAGGUUCGGCCGGAGGAACGGCUACAGUUUUGGGAUCGGAGACGCCCUGACCUUCUCCUGCAACAUGGGCUACCGCCUGGAGGGGUCCCCGGAGGUGGUGUGCCUGGGGGGGGGCGCCGCACCUGGAGCACUCCCCUGCCCCGCUGCGUUG